AUUUCUCUUAUGCUUAAUUCCUUAUUCCAUAUUCCACAUUCCACGCUUAUCACAAAAUCUUUCUCCUUUGUCUCGCUUUUUUCUUUUGUUCUUUCACAUGUGUAUAUACACACAGAACACACACUUACAUUUCUAUUAUCAUAUAAAACUUCAACUUUACCUUUUAUCUUCCAAAAAAAACACUAUCUUCUUCAUCAAAUUCUCUUGAUUCUGUUUCUUUUUAUCCUCCUCCAUGGCCCUCUCACCUAAUUCAAGCUCUUUAGAUUUAACAAUCUCAAUUCCGAGCUUCUCUCCAUCUCCUUCACUUGGUAAGAUCAUAUCCAAAUUAAAGAUUUAUUAAAUCUUAUAUAUUAUAUAGUUUUAAUACUAUGUCUUCCAAUUAAAAUAAUUUGGUAGGUGAUCAUCACGGGAUGAGAGAUUUUGACAUAAACCAAACACCAAAGACGGAAGAAGAUCGUGAGUGGAUGAUCGGUGCAACACCACAUGUCAACGAAGAUGAUAGCAACUCGGGUGGCCGGCGGCGCAAAAAGCUCCGUCUAACGAAAGAACAAUCACAUCUUCUUGAAGAGAGUUUCAUACAAAACCAUACCUUAACCCCUAAGCAAAAAAAAGAUUUGGCCACCUUUUUGAAGCUUAGUCAAAGGCAAGUUGAGGUGUGGUUUCAAAAUCGAAGAGCUCGGAGUAAGCUAAAGCACACGGAAAUGGAAUGUGAGUAUCUAAAAAGAUGGUUCGGAUCGUUGAAGGAACAAAAUCGACGGCUACAAAUAGAAGUUGAAGAACUACGAGCGCUAAAGCCAUCAUCGACCUCGGCUUUAACCAUGUGUCCUCGGUGUGAACGUGUGACUGAUGCAGUAGAUAAUGACUCUAAUGCCGUUCAAGAGGGGGCAGUUCUUAGCAGCCGGUCACGGAUGACAAUUUCCUCUUCCUCUUCCCUCUGUUGACUGGUUUGGUCGAAGUCAAAAGUCAAAAGAUAAACGCCUGUUUCGGGGUAAAAAGCAAAGAUUUGAUGAUGAUUAGGAGGAUUUUGUGUAUAGUUUGCUAAUUAUUUAUUACAAAUUUACAAACCAGUGAGGAAAAAAGAUAAUUUAAUUCUCGAUCUUUAAUUAGCUUUUUGUGUUAUUUAUUCAUAAUUUUAUUUUUCGUGUUUAACCAAAAAAUAGACAAAACAAAUAUUGCUUUUCGUGUCC